AUGCCUUUGCCUAAUAGCAUUCAAGGCACAUAUACGGUUCGAAGAAAUUUAGAAGUCCUAGAUAAUUUCAAGUCCGGAAAAGUUAAAGCCAAUUCUAUCUAUGGAGAGAGCCUACGAAAUAAAGAUGGUAUAGUCACUAUACUCGAUUUGGAUAGUCAAACGCCCAGUCUCUCCAUUCAGAAAAAUAAAGGUAAAUAUACCAUCUCUCUUGCCGAGACAACUUAUGUUUUUCCAUUAAUUAAUGAUGAACAUGAUGUCAGGCUUGUAACAGACGAUACUCUGCUUAUAACAGAAGACGGCUUAUCUGUUAAACCAGAGACACUCCUGCAACCUCUCUAUAGGGCUCCCAACUCACGAACAGUAAGCCUAAACAUUGAUGAUGAUGAACUAAAAGUUGGGGGUGGAAAAUUAACAGUCAUACCUUAUAACUAUGAUUUUCCACUCUACAGGGAUGCCGAAUCACAUACGGUUGGUUUACAAGCAGAUGAUACUUUGCUUAUAACUGAAAACGGUCUAUCGGUUAAUUUUCCUGAUCCUGAGAUGCUGAAAAAGCCGUUGUAUCGUGACCAGAGCGGCCUUGGAAUCAAACUUCAUAAAAGUCUAAAGGUGAACAAUAAUGACGAAUUGGAAACUAACAUUCAGUCGGUACUAAAAGCAUUUGGCGCUCUGAAAUCGAGUUCAGGUGCGGAUAUGCUGUUAGACAUCGGGUCUUCAUGGCUCGACUUUGGAUUCAAUAGUUUGACCGAAAUGACUGAUGUGUUAGGAGAAGUAGACACCACAGCAAUUCGCUUAAUGGUCGAUUCUUCUACAUUCAGUCAAGCGGGAUCGAAACUUUCAUUACGAUCACCUGGCUAUGAACAAAUCCUGUAUGGGAACCUUACUUAUGGCUACUCGGGAAGUUCUUCAUUCACUUAUUCGUCCACGCUUCAGGAGUUGUGUGUACCAAAUGUCAAAUUAACUGGAGUAUUUCCUGCUAUUGGAGGUGGCUCAUAUGCAGUGAGUAAAGACUAUCUUUCCCAAUUUUAUCAAGGCUCUCAAACAGGAGUGCUUGCAGUGGGACCCGAGUUUAACGGACGUCGAGAGAUAGGCUGUUUGGUCGAUAAUCAGACCAUCAGAAUUGUUGGAAAUGCACUCACAGGUGGGUACAUUUUUCAGGACUUUAAUGGCGUAUCUAUUCGACCUGGAACGACCAAUGAUGUGGUAUUAUCUCUUAAAUGCGAGGCUGGCAGUUGUCUCCAAAUGGUCAAAGCAGAUACCAUUAAAGAUGUACUGACUUGCAGCAAUGGUAUUGAGAGAGUACAGAAUGACCUUCAACUCGAUCUAAAAGUUGAUGCUAAUUCAGGUUUGGCUAUGGUCAACAGGGGAACCAUACGGGAUACCUUCACAGCCUCCCAAGGGGUAACCAGGACGGGGAACGACUUCAGACUGAGUUUAACAGCACAGUCACCCGAUCUUACUCUAAACAAUGGUGUUCUGAGUUCAAACAUCGCUGCGGGAAUUGGACUGCAAAAAAAUGGUGCGAUUUUGUCAACAAACCUAAGAGGUAUCAAUGGAGUGCAAGUUAGCGGUGAUUUGAUUUCAUGUUCGAUUUCAGGAAGCGAUACUAUUCUUCGCGUAGGCGAUACCUUAAGAGGUAAUUAUGUGGGCAGUACCAACUCAUAUGGAAGUAUUAUUGUUGUUGGAAAUAUGAUUCAGUAUAACAUGAUUCCUCCUCAAUUCGUAAGUAACAGUCCAAAUCUCAUCAUUACAGGUUCGUAUCCACUUUAUAACUUUACCCUCAUUGACCCUAUGCCAUUAUCAAAGCAAAGGGAUACCGAUAAUACUGAACAGAGUGAUACCGCAGAAGUGUUAAAAAUGGAUGUUCCAUCAGGCAACACUGUUAUUUUGUCCGGAGCAACUCCAUUAUCAACCGUACCUUUUCCAGCGAUGGUCUCCCCACCCUUGACAGUCCCUAUGGCUGUAAACUCCAUCCUCCCAAUCGUCUCAACGUUCCCUUGGGGAAUGAUUUUCGGAGGGUCAUGCAAACGUAAGGUUCAACGAGAUGCGGAAGGCCAACCUAUACUCGAUGGCGAUGGAAACCCCGUUUAUGAACCAAUAGACCCUGUUACCUUCAUGCCACCACUUGAACCCGGGAGCAAUGUCACAAUUGCUUCUGAUCCCAUAGGAGGUUGUACUCGUCUCUUGUUUGAUACGCCUUCAUGUUAUUGA